AGUGACAAGCCCACUGACUGUCAAUCUGCGUUUGCUUUUUCAGUGAUUCAUUUAAUUUUUUGUAACAAAACACCUUAUUUAUUCGCUUAGAAACGUUUUUAGCUUAGUUAGUUAAGUAAGUUAAAUAGUUGAGUGCGAGAGGAAGCUGUUAAGUGUUUUAUGCUAGGUUCAUUGUACGUAUAAAGUAAAUAAUUGAGUAAGAAGAUGACUCUCGCAGAAUUCUUCAGUUGUUCUCUCUUGGCGUUCGGGGCUCCGCUGGUGAUGUUCUCGCUGACGGUAGCUAACGACCCAGUGCGCAUCAUCAUCAUGAUAGCAGCAGCCUUCGGAUGGCUACUAUCAUUUCUACUCUCAUCCCUGGUUUGGUACGCAGUGGUGCCUUUACGAUCGUAUUUAGCUUUUGGAAUGGUGUUUGCUGUUAUAUUUCAGGAAGGGUUUAGAUAUGGUAUGUACUUGCUCUUACGGAAGACAGAGGAAGGUUUGAAAGAGAUAUCAGAGAACCACAAUAUUGGCAGUAACAAGCUGGAAAUGGCUUAUGUGUCAGGACUUGGCUUUGGCACUAUGAGUGGUGCCUUUGCCUUAGUUAAUGUGCUGGCUGACUCUGUAGGGCCAGGCACGUUGGGCCUCCACAAUGGGACAGAGUAUUUCUUCGUGACAAGUGCGGCAAUGACCCUCUGCAUGAUCCUACUCAACACUUUUUGGAGCGUCAUAUUUUUCAGUGGGUUUGACGACAAAAACUAUCUCAAAGUCGGAUGGGUUAUACUCUCACACUUCUUUGUAUCCGGCCUGAGUUUAUUGAACAGCAGAGAAUUGUAUGCCGCCACUAUCAUACCAUCAUACAUUGUGUUACUCAUCACAGCAUACAUAGCAUUCAGGUCAGCAGGAGGAUCCACCGCAAAACUAGUCCAAAGCCUCACUUCCAGGUCAUAGGAUACAAUUGUUUAUACAAAAUGGAUCUUGAAUUAAGAGUUUGCGCUCAAGAAUUAUGUAAACUUACAGGGAUUGUUUUCGAUUUACGCAUUUGGAUUUCUUGGUUUUACGAGCGCUAGCAAACAGUACGUAAAAUAAUCGGAAGAUUAACUUCUAGGCUUGAUUCUAUGAUCUCAUUUUCAGUUCACACAAUAUAAUAAAUGUUAAUGUUGACAUUAUUUCCUAGACAAUACAGCUAGAAUAUUGAUCUUGAUGUAGUUACUGUUAUACACUUGUUGAAGCUGAUUGCAAGUUGUUGGCAGUUUGCGUUUACAUUGUUAACAUGAUGACGCAUCCUUGAUAUCCUCGUCAGUCUAUUAGUUUCAUAGCUGGAUUAAUAUUAUAUCCUGGAAGAAGUAAAUUGAGACUUCCUACAUUUUCACGAACUUUAAUCGUUACAAAAGAGUUUUUAAUGGAAUAUUGAUCAUUUUUGUCUGGAUUUGGAUGUUUGCUUGAAUAUCUUCAUAUCAGCCUUAUUGUCGUCUAAGAUCAGGCUUAAUUGUCGAGAGAUCGUUUUCCGAGUGUUUCACAUGGAAAUAAAGAGUUGUGCUUAAGUAAUUAAAUUAAUCAUUCUGUUAAGUAGAUAAAAUAGGUAUCGAAAACUAUGGACUGAUCUCCUUAACGAUUCAAUUGCCUUUUACUGUUAAUCUUAAUUCUCAUUGUUUAACUUCACCCACUGGUGCGAGUGGGCGUCCAAUUUGCGAGUUAACCGACGCGAUAUGAACCUAUUGACGUCAUAUCACAACUAGCCUGAAAUAAAUAACUAAAAUUAUGUUUAGUAUGAAACAAUAGUUACAUGAGGUGAAAUUACUAAUUCGAAAUCAGUAUUUUAUAUUGUGUGGGUGGUAUCUAAUCCACAUUGAUGAAUAAUCACAACCUUUUAUAUGGAAUUACUAUGUUCCGUGUCGCGAUAACCAUUAAACACCUACAUACAUGGUAUGACGCAUAGAAUUCGUUCCAAGCAAUUUACUUAAAUAUGCAAUUGAAUGUUUCAUAAAAAACGAACAGUUUCUAUUACCCUAGAAAGAAAAUUAAUCCAUAAAAUACUAUUUAAUAAAAUUUUAUUUCCAAAAAUUUAUUUAUUUAUUAUUAUAAGUGAGAACAAUCAUUCCCUAUUAUAUAAUUGGACGGAGAAUUUGUUACAAUAACUUGUAGCCCAUGUAGGUAAUAAUUAGUAAAAUUAAUUAAUAAAAGUUUUUUACAAAUAAAAUAAUGACUAAUAGA